AUCGAUCUUUCGUUCGUUUCGUGCAUUCUUCCAACACCGUGAUACUUGUUUUCUUUUGCUUUUCGUGAUUUCGUGUCUCCUCUUUUCCAAUUUUCAUCGCGGUUUCAUUAGUUAUAAGAGUUUCAUUUUAUAAGCGAAGGUUCUAAGUUUUUUGGAAUGGCUGGGAUUUGCUGUGGUGUUGUUGGAGACGGAGAGACUCCCACUCCGAUCGAGGUCACUUCGCGGCCUUCCGCUCGUCGGAGUUUAGACUUGCUUCCCUUGAAAUUCAUAGCUGACGUGGCGAUCCCGCCGCCCGAUAGUAGCCGGAAGCGCCAGAAGCUGGAUCCGUGCACCUCUCUGGCGCCUCCCCGAGAGUGCGAAAACGCGGUUGAGAAUUGCGAACAAAAGGGAGUUGAAGUUGCGUCGCUUCCGAAUUGUUCGAUGAAUUCUUUGUUGCACUCGAGGGUUGUUGAAGAGCGUCCGAGGUAUGGGGUAACGUCGGUUUGUGGGCGGAGGAGGGACAUGGAAGACGCUGUUUCGAUUCGUCCAUGGUUCUGUCAAGAAAACGGUUCUCAGGAUAAAAACGGGUUCCAUUUCUUUGGCGUUUUCGACGGUCAUGGAUGCUCACACGUGGCGACCAUGUGCAAGGAGAGGCUACACGAGAUUGUGAAGGAAGAGGUUGGAAAAACCAAAGAGAAUUUGGAAUGGGAAUCAACGAUGAAGAAGUGUUUCGCUCGCAUGGAUGAGGAGGUGUUAAGUUGGAGCCAUAGCAGCCAGACCCCAUCUUGCAGGUGCGAGCUCCAAACUCCCCAUUGCGACGCCGUCGGAUCCACCGCCGUCGUCGCCGUCGUCACGCCGGAAAAGAUAAUCGUAGCUAACUGUGGCGACUCACGCGCCGUUCUUUGCCGGAACAGCGUAGCCAUCCCACUCUCCAACGAUCAUAAGCCUGACCGACCCGACGAGUUGGUUCGGAUCCAAAACGCGGGAGGGCGCGUGAUCUACUGGGAUGGUCCUAGAGUGCUUGGGGUGUUGGCCAUGUCCAGAGCCAUAGGGGACAAUUAUUUGAAGCCGUAUGUUAUUUCGGAACCGGAGGUAACCGUAACAGAACGGAGUGACGACGAUGAGUGUUUGAUUCUAGGCAGUGAUGGGCUGUGGGACACGGUCCAAAACGACACCGCAUGCAAGGUGGUGAGGAUGUGUCUUAAAGCGCAGAAACUGGCGUCGCCGCCGGGGUCUCCGGGUAGAAACGUGGCGGUGGAUUGCUCCGACAAGGCGUGCUCCGACGCGUCCAUUUUGCUGACCAAGUUGGCGCUGGUGAGGCAAAGUACGGACAAUGUGAGCGCGGUGGUCGUUGAUUUGAGGAGAGAUCAACAACAAAAGGAAAGGAAUUAAUUAAUUAAUUCAUUGGGAGAAAAAAUAUAUAUAAAAAAUACUAAUUAACCGCCCAAAACCUAAAAUGGGCACGGUGCGGUUGACGCCUCCGUUUUGUUAUUGCCAAA